AUGACGAAAACCAAAGCAGAAACUAUCACGGUCGGCGAUUGGGUCAAGUGCACUGGAGGCACUGCAGCUGUUGGAGAGAUUGGGAAGGUCGUCAAGGUCACUCCCAAGAGAGUUCUCCUCCUGCUGGAAUCCAAGGAAACCAGACGCAAAGAGAAAAAAUACGUGAAGAAAGUUCCAGCGCCACCCCAAGAUGUAGACAAGGAGAACCAACCGGUAAAGCCUCCAGCUGUGCCCGACGCCAACGACAUGCCUUCGUCUCUCGACAAGGCCAACGCCUAUGAAAAGCCUCCGUCGCUCGGCAACGACAAUGACACAGUCAUCAUCUCCAUUCCCGACGUCCAAGACGCUGAAACGAACAUA